AUGGAUCUUGAAGCCGAACCCCAGGAAACUGCCAGCCUCAAGGAACUUGCCCAGGCUUGUGCAAAACAGUUUCGACAACUAUCGCAGGAUGAGGAGACUCGAGACCCCGGUGUCAAUGCUAGAGAUGGGUUCUGGGCAUCGCGCCGGACUGCGGACUUUAACAUAUGGUGCACCAUAAUAGGCGUCAACUCCGAGGGGCUUCGAUCUGUCGAUGUGCGCCUCAAAGACGUCCCCGAGAUCUGCAAACUACUUCUGCAUUUACUUCGAUCGCUUCGUCGCGACCUCGACGACUUGAUACAACAACAUGGUAGAGUUUCCCCCCCGGAGGGCAAAGCCGAAGCUGGCUAUACCUAUGCAGAUUCAGAAUCUGAUGCUUCUUCCCUGUCAUUUGAACCUCUCUCCUCUUCUGAGGGCUCUCAGUUGAGCAGUCUCACAGACAACCCUCUGUCACCAGGACAGAGUCGACAGAUUGAGUUGAGACAGCAUAUUGGAGACACCGUCGACCGAUUACAAGGACAAACAAGACGUAUAGAACGCGCAGGUGCGCAGCACAGGCGAAAACGAAUAGAAGUAUUUCGAGAAAAAGAGCGGUCUCAACAGAUGUAUGAAGGGUUUGAAAAGCUCGGCCUGUGGAAAGCCAACGAGGAGUUCAAGUUAGCAUCAAAGAUUAUGAAGGAACGGAUAGCCGAGUCAUUUGCCAGGCGAAGAAUCCGAUUCGAGUAUCUGAAGGAGCAUCAAAAGAAGCGAGCUGUCGAUAUGAUCAGUUCGCCAGACAAUAAUUCAGUGCCUCCACCUCAGGGUUGUUCCCGUGACAACGUCGAGACCACAGUCGAACAAAAGAAAGAAGGACCAAAAAAACCCAUUGUCUCGGGUGCAACUCUUCCACAAGAUCAAAGAACCCUUUUCUCAGCGACAGUGAACACUAAGUACGACUUAUCGACCGAGGGGAAGAAAAAAGCACGAGCGGAGAGUGUGCGGUCGAUAGCGCUCAGACACCCUGGAUUUCCUCCGCCGCCGCGAACACAGAAUGGAAGAUUCCAAUGCCCUUAUUGUCUUCUUGAGUUUCGCGACCGUGAAGCUGAAAAAGGUCGUUGGAGUCAACACGUUAUGCAAGACUUCGAACCAUACUUUUGCACAUUUGAAGAUUGCACCGCACCGUAUGAUAUACCAAAUUCUUUUGAUGAGUUAUUGGAUCAUCUGCAGAGCCAUCUGCCCGUGCGACACCAUGUCGACGAACCCGAUGGCCAGCACAGAGCAUACCUCGAGGUUGAAUUCGAGCAUCACAUCAUCAGCCAUGGCAAGGUUUCUGAAGAGACAAUGGCUGCUAUGAAGGAAGCUAGUCGAAGAAAGGCACCGUUUCUAUUCGACAGUUGCCCUUUCUGUGGUGGCUACCCCGACGUCAUCGAGAAGCGUUUCCCCGACCCGGAUACGCUAGACGCUCAAAGAGAGUUGCGAAAGCACAUAAAGCAGCAUAUGCAGGAGAUCGCUCUCUUCCUCCCUCCAUAUCGAUCUGACAUAUAUGAUGAAGAUGAAAAUCUCAAGGGUUCCGAUGUCACGCAUCGAAUGAGCAACCAUGGUGAGAUUUCGGGAAGUCCCACCGAUUUUGAAGAGUUUUGCGACCGAGAAGAUUGCGACUGCAAAGAUGCUGGG